AUGCCUCGAUCCAAAAGAUCCAAGAGUUGUGGCCAUUCAGGUAGGGAAACAGCGAAAGAAGAUGACAUUCAAACAAGGGUAGAAGAAGUGCAGGAAGAGACAAUUGAAACAGAAGAAAAGUUCAAUGACGAGCAGAGCCAAGCAUCAAUCCGGCUGGUUGAUGGCACCACGGACUACAAUGGACGGGUUGAAAUCAGUUACUUUGGAGAAUGGGGAACCGUCUGUGACGAUCUCUGGGAUGACACUGAUGCUACAGUAGUGUGUCGGAUCCUUGGUUUGGGUACUAAUGGUAUUGCGUAUCAGAACGCCUACUUUGGGCAGGGUACAGGGAACAUCAUUCUCGACAAUGUCCAGUGUGUGGGAACGGAAACAGACCUCGUGUCUUGUCCUAGUAAUGGACUUUUAAAUCACAAUUGCGGACAUUCUGAAGAUGCAGGAGUACAAUGCUUUAAUGCAACAUCUGAAUCGAUCCGUCUUGUGGGUGGCUCAUCUGAUACUGAAGGUCGAGUGGAAGUCUAUUACAAUGGAGAGUGGGGAACUGUAUGUGAUGAUUUGUGGGAUGACACUGAUGCUGCAGUUGUGUGUCAGAUCCUUGGUCUGGGUGAUUCAGGGACUGCACGAACUAAUGCUGCCUUUGGACAAGGUAGUGGAAGCAUCAUUCUUGACAACGUUCAGUGUGAUGGAACUGAAACAGAUCUCUUUGCUUGUCCUAGUAACGGUCCAAACAAUCACAACUGUGGCCACGGUGAGGAUGCAGGAGUAGAAUGCACCAGCACAACCACAUCUUCACCUGCUGAAACAAUUCGUCUUGUGGGUGGAUCCUCAGAUUCUGAAGGUCGAGUGGAAGUCUAUUACGGUGGAGAGUGGGGAACUGUGUGCGAUGAUUUGUGGGAUGACACUGAUGCUGCAGUUGUGUGUCAGAUCCUUGGUCUGGGUGAUUCAGGGACUGCACAAGCUAAUGCUGCCUUUGGACAAGGUAGUGGAAGCAUCAUUCUUGACAACGUUCAGUGUGAUGGAACUGAAACAGAUCUCUUUGCUUGUCCUAGUAACGGUCCAAACAAUCACAACUGUGGCCACAGUGAGGAUGCAGGAGUAGAAUGCUCCAGCACAACGACAUCUUCACCUACCGAAUCGAUCCGUCUUGUGGAUGGCGCAUCAGAUUCUGAAGGUCGAGUGGAAGUCUAUUACGGUGGAGAGUGGGGAACUGUGUGCGAUGAUUUGUGGGAUGACACUGAUGCUGCAGUUGUGUGUCAGAUCCUUGGUCUGGGUGAUUCAGGGACUGCACGAAGUAAUGCUGCCUUUGGACAAGGUAGUGGAAGCAUCAUUCUUGACAACGUUCAGUGUGAUGGAACUGAAACAGAUCUCUUUGCUUGUCCUAGUAACGGUCCAAACAAUCACAACUGUGGCCACAGUGAGGAUGCAGGAGUGGAAUGCACCAGCACAACGACAUCUUCACCUACCGAAUCGAUCCGUCUUGUGGAUGGCGCAUCAGAUUCUGAAGGUCGAGUGGAAGUCUAUUACGGUGGAGAGUGGGGAACUGUGUGCGAUGAUUUGUGGGAUGACACUGAUGCUGCAGUUGUGUGUCAGAUCCUUGGUCUGGGUGAUUCAGGGACUGCACGAAGUAAUGCUGCCUUUGGACAAGGUAGUGGAAGCAUCAUUCUUGACAACGUUCAGUGUGAUGGAACUGAAACAGAUCUCUUUGCUUGUCCUAGUAACGGUCCAAACAAUCACAACUGUGGCCACAGUGAGGAUGCAGGAGUGGAAUGCACCAGCACAACGACAUCCUCACCUACCGAAUCGAUCCGUCUUGUGGAUGGCGCAUCAGAUUCUGAAGGUCGAGUGGAAGUCUAUUACGGUGGAGAGUGGGGAACUGUGUGCGAUGAUUUGUGGGAUGACACUGAUGCUGCAGUUGUGUGUCAGAUCCUUGGUCUGGGUGAUUCAGGGACUGCACGAACUAAUGCUGCCUUUGGACAAGGAAGUGGAAGCAUCAUUCUUGACAACGUUCAGUGUGAUGGAACUGAAACAGAUCUCUUUGCUUGUCCUAGUAACGGUCCAAACAAUCACAACUGUGGCCACAGUGAGGAUGCAGGAGUAGAAUGCACCAGCACAACGACAUCUUCACCUACCGAAUCGAUCCGUCUUGUGGGUGGAUCCUCAGAUACUGAAGGUCGAGUGGAAGUCUAUUACGGUGGAGAGUGGGGAACUGUGUGCGAUGAUUUGUGGGAUGACACUGAUGCUGCAGUUGUGUGUCAGAUCCUUGGUCUGGGUGAUUCAGGGACUGCACGAACUAAUGCUGCCUUUGGACAAGGAAGUGGAAGCAUCAUUCUUGACAACGUUCAGUGUGAUGGAACUGAAUCAGAUCUCUUUGCUUGUCCUAGUAACGGUCCAAACAAUCACAACUGUGGCCACAGUGAGGAUGCAGGAGUAGAAUGCUCCAGCACAACGACAUCUUCACCUACCGAAUCGAUCCGUCUUGUGGAUGGCGCAUCAGAUUCUGAAGGUCGAGUGGAAGUCUAUUACGGUGGAGAGUGGGGAACUGUGUGCGAUGAUUUGUGGGAUGACACUGAUGCUGCAGUUGUGUGUCAGAUCCUUGGUCUGGGUGAUUCAGGGACUGCACGAAGUAAUGCUGCCUUUGGACAAGGUAGUGGAAGCAUCAUUCUUGACAACGUUCAGUGUGAUGGAACUGAAACAGAUCUCUUUGCUUGUCCCAGUAACGGUCCAAACAAUCACAACUGUGGCCACAGUGAGGAUGCAGGAGUGGAAUGCACCAGCACAACGACAUCUUCACCUACCGAAUCAAUCCGUCUUGUGGGUGGAUCCUCAGAUACUGAAGGUCGAGUGGAAGUCUAUUACGGUGGAGAGUGGGGAACUGUGUGCGAUGAUUUGUGGGAUGACACUGAUGCUGCAGUUGUGUGUCAGAUCCUAGGUCUGGGUGAUUCAGGGACUGCACGAACUAAUGCUGCCUUUGGACAAGGUAGUGGAAGCAUCAUUCUUGACAACGUUCAGUGUGAUGGAACUGAAACAGAUCUCUUUGCUUGUCCUAGUAACGGUCCAAACAAUCACAACUGUGGCCACAGUGAGGAUGCAGGAGUAGAAUGCUCCAGCACAACGACAUCUUCACCUACCGAAUCGAUCCGUCUUGUGGAUGGCGCAUCAGAUUCUGAAGGUCGAGUGGAAGUCUAUUACGGUGGAGAGUGGGGAACUGUGUGCGAUGAUUUGUGGGAUGACACUGAUGCUACAGUUGUGUGUCAGAUCCUUGGUCUGGGUGAUUCAGGGACUGCACGAAGUAAUGCUGCCUUUGGACAAGGUAGUGGAAGCAUCAUUCUUGACAACGUUCAGUGUGAAGGAACUGAAACAGAUCUCUUUGCUUGUCCUAGUAACGGUCCAAACAAUCACAACUGUGGCCACAGUGAGGAUGCAGGAGUGGUUUGCUCCAGCACAACUACAUCUUCACCUACUGAAUUGAUCCGUCUUGUGGGUGGCUCAUCAGAUUCUGAAGGCCGAGUAGAAGUCUAUUACAAUGGAGAGUGGGGAACUGUGUGUGACGAUUACUGGGAUGGCACUGAUGCUACAGUGGUGUGUCAGAUCCUUGGUCUGGGUGAUUCAGGGACUGCGCAAACUAAUGCUGCCUUUGGACAAGGUAGUGGUAGCAUCAUUCUUGACGAUGUUCAUUGUACUGGAACUGAAUUGAGUAUCUUUGACUGUCCUAGUAAUGGCCCAUACAAUCACAACUGUGGCCACAGUGAGGAUGCAGGAGUAGUAUGCUCCAGCACAACAACAUAUCCACCUACCGAAUCGAUCCGUCUUGUGGGUGGCUUAUCAGAUACUGAAGGUCGAGUGGAAGUCUACUACGGUGGAGAGUGGGGAACUGUAUGUGAUGAUUUGUGGGAUGACACUGAUGCUACAGUUGUGUGUCAGAUCCUUGGUCUGGGUGAUUCAGGGAUUGCACGAAGUAAUGCUGCCUUUGGACAAGGUAGUGGAAGCAUCAUUCUUGACAACGUUCAGUGUGAUGGAACUGAAACAGAUCUCUUUGCUUGUCCUAGUAACGGUCCAAACAAUCACAACUGUGUGCACAGUGAAGAUGCGGGAGUAGAAUGCACCAGCACAACUACACCUGCACCUACUGAAUCGAUCCGUCUUGUGAAUGGCGCAUCAAAUUCUGAAGGUCGAGUGGAAGUCUAUUACGGUGGAGAGUGGGGAACUGUAUGUGAUGAUUUGUGGGAUGACACUGAUGCUACAGUUGUGUGUCAAAUUCUUGGUCUGGGUGAUUCAGGGAUUGCUCUUAGUUAUGCUGCCUUUGGAGAAGGUAGUGGAAGCAUCAUUCUUGACAAUGUUGAAUGUGACGGAACUGAAACAGAUCUAUUUGCUUGUCCUAGUAACGGUCCAAACAAUCACAACUGUGGUCACGGUGAAGAUGCAGGAGUUCAAUGCACCAGCGCAACUACAUCUUCACCUACUGAAUCGAUCCGUCUUGUGGAUGGCACAUCAGAUUCUGAAGGUCGAGUGGAAGUCUAUUACGGUGGAGGGUGGGGAACUGUAUGUGAUGAUUUGUGGGAUGACACUGAUGCUACAGUUGUGUGUCAAAUCCUUGGUCUGGGUGAUUCAGGGAUUGCACGAAGUAAUGCUGCCUUUGGAGAAGGUAGUGGAAGCAUCAUUCUUGACAACGUUCAGUGUGAAGGAACUGAAACAGAUCUCUUUGCUUGUCCUAGUAACGGUCCAAACAAUCACAACUGUGUGCACGGUGAAGAUGCGGGAGCACAAUGCACCAGCGCAACUACAUCUGCAUCUACUGAAUCGAUCCGUCUUGUGAAUGGCGCAUCAGAUUCUGAAGGUCGAGUGGAAGUCUAUUACGGUGGAGAGUGGGGAACUGUAUGUGAUGAUUUCUGGGAUGACACUGAUGCUACAGUUGUGUGUCAGAUCCUUGGUCUGGGUGAUACAGGGAUUGCUCUUAGUUAUGCUGCCUUUGGAGAAGGUAGUGGAAGCAUCAUUCUUGACAACGUUCAGUGUGAAGGAACUGAGACAGAUCUCUUUGCUUGUCCUAAUAAUGGACCAAACAUUCACAACUGUGUACAUAAUGAAGAUGCAGGAGUUUCAUGCAGCAACACACUUGAAUUGAUCCGUCUUGUUGAUGGCUCAUCAGAUUCUGAAGGUCGAGUGGAAGUCUAUUACAAUGGAGAGUGGGGAACUGUAUGUGAUGAUUCCUGGGAUGACACUGAUGCUACAGUGGUGUGUCAGGUCCUUGGUCUGGGUGAUUCAGGGACUGCACGAGGUAAUGCUGCCUUUGGAGAAGGUAGUGGAAACAUCAUUCUUGACAACGUUCAGUGUGACGGAACCGAAGCAAAUCUCUUUUCUUGUCCUAAUAAUGGACCAAACAUUCACAACUGUGGCCAUUACGAGGAUGCAGGAGUGGUAUGCUCAAGCACAACGACAUCUUCACCUACUGAAUCGAUCCGUCUUGUGGGUGGCUCAUCAGAUACUGAAGGUCGAGUGGAGGUCUAUUACAAUGGAGAGUGGGGAACUGUAUGUGAUGAUCUUUGGGGUAGCACCGAUGCCACAGUGGUAUGUCAGAUCCUUGGUCUGGGUGAUUCAGGGAUUCCCGUUAGUUUUGCUGCGUUUGGAGAAGGUAGUGGAAGCAUCAUUCUCGACAAUGUUGAGUGUGUCGGAACUGAAACAGAUCUUUUUGCUUGUCCUAGUAACGGUCCAAACAAUCACAACUGUGGUCACAGUGAAGAUGCAGGAGUUCAAUGCACUACUGCAACUACACCUUCACCUACUGAAUCGAUCCGUCUUGUGGGUGGAUCCUCAGAUACUGAAGGUCGAGUGGAAGUCUAUUACGGUGGAGAGUGGGGAACUGUAUGUGAUGAUAUGUGGGAUGACACUGAUGCUACAGUUGUUUGUCAAAUCCUUGGUCUGGGUGAUUCAGGGACUGCCCUUAGUUUUGCUGCCUUUGGAGGAGGUAGUGGAAGCAUCAUUCUUGACAACGUUCAGUGUUAUGGAACUGAAACAGAUCUCUUCGCUUGUCCUAAUAGUGGACCAAACAUUCACAACUGUGUACAUGCUGAAGAUGCAGGAGUUUCAUGCAGCAACACACCUUCUGUGAUCCGUCUUGUGGAUGGCUCAUCAGACACUGAAGGUCGAGUUGAAGUCUAUUACAACGGAGAGUGGGGAACAGUAUGUGACGAUUCCUGGGAUGACACUGAUGCUACAGUGGUCUGUCAGAUCCUUGGUCUGGGUGAUUCAGGGACUGCACAAAGUAAUGCUGCCUUUGGAGAAGGUAGUGGAAGCAUCAUUCUUGACAAUGUUGAGUGUGACGGAACUGAAACAGAUCUCGUUGCUUGUCCUAGUAACGGUCCAUACAAUCACAACUGUGGUCACGAUGAGGAUGCAGGAGUCUUAUGCAGCAGCAACACUGGAUCUAUCCGUCUUGUGGGUGGCUUAUCCGAGACCGAAGGCCGAGUGGAAGUCCAAUACAACGGUGAAUGGGGAACUGUAUGUGAUGAUUUCUGGGAUGACACUGAUGCUACAGUUGUUUGUCAGAUCCUUGAUCUGGGUGAUAUUGGGACUGCUUAUUCUAGUGCCCACUUUGGAGAAGGUAGUGGCAGCAUCAUUCUUAACGAAGUUCAGUGUAACGGAACUGAAGCAGAUCUCUUUGCUUGUCCCCAUAGUGGACCAAAUAUUUAUAACUGUGGUCACUUUGAGGAUGCAGGAGUUUCAUGCAGCAACACACCUUCUGGAUCAAUCCGUCUUGUUGAUGGCUUAUCAGAGACCGAAGGUCGAGUGGAAGUCUAUUACGGUGGAGAGUGGGGAACUGUAUGUGAUGAUUUAUGGGAUGACACUGAUGCUACAGUGGUGUGUCAGAUCCUUGGUCUGGGUGAUUCAGGGACUGCACGAGGUAAUGCUGCCUUUGGAGAAGGUAGUGGAAGCAUCAUUCUUGACGAUGUUGAGUGUGACGGAACUGAAACAAAUCUCUUUGCCUGUCACAGUAACGGCCCAUACAAUCACAACUGUGUGCACGGUGAAGAUGCAGGAGUAGAAUGCACCAGCACAACUACAUCUUCAUCUAUUGGAUUGAUCCGUCUUGUGGGUGGCUCAUCAGAUACUGAAGGUCGAGUGGAAGUCAAUUACGGUGGAGAGUGGGGAACUGUAUGUGAUGAUUUGUGGGAUGACACUGAUGCUACAGUGGUGUGUCAGAUCCUUGGUCUGGGUGAUUCAGGGACUGCUUAUUCUGGUGCCUACUUUGGAGAAGGUAGUGGAAACAUCAUUCUUGACAAUGUUGAGUGUGAUGGGGGUGAAACAGAUCUCUUUGCUUGUCCUAAUAAUGGACCAAACAUUCACAACUGCGGUCACUAUGAGGAUGCAGGAGUUUCAUGCAGCAAUGCACCUUCUGGAUCGAUCCGUCUUGUUGAUGGCUCAUCAGAGACUGAAGGCCGCGUGGAAGUCCAAUACAACGGUGAAUGGGGAACUGUAUGUGAUGAUUACUGGGAUGACACUGAUGCUACAGUUGUUUGUCAGUUCCUUGGUCUUGGUUAUAUUGGUACUGCUUAUUCUGGUGCACACUUUGGAGAAGGUAGUGGAAGCAUCAUUCUUGAUGAUGUUCAGUGUGACGGAACAGAGUCUAGUAUCUUUGAUUGUCCUAAUAAUGGAGAAUUCAAUCACAACUGUGGUCACUAUGAGGAUGCAGGAGUUUCAUGCACUAUUGCACCUUCUGGAUCAAUCCGUCUUGUGGAUGGCUCAUCAGAGACUGAAGGCCGAGUGGAAGUCCAAUACAACGGUGAAUGGGGAACUGUAUGUGAUGAUUACUGGGAUGACACUGAUGCUACAGUUGUUUGUCAGUUCCUUGGUCUUGGUGAUAUUGGUACUGCUUAUUCUGGUGCACACUUUGGAGAAGGUAGUGGAAGCAUCAUUCUUGAUGAUGUUCAAUGUGACGGAACAGAGUCUAAUAUAUUUGAUUGUCCUAAUAAUGGAGAAUUCAAUCACAACUGUGGUCACUAUGAGGAUGCAGGAGUUUCAUGCAGCAACGCACCUUCUGGAUCAAUCCGUCUUGUUGAUGGCUUAUCAGAGACAGAAGGCCGAGUGGAAGUCUAUUACGGUGGAGAGUGGGGAACUGUAUGUGAUGAUUUGUGGGAUGAAACUGAUGCUACAGUAGUUUGUCAAAUCCUUGGUCUGGGUGAUUCAGGGAUUGCUCUUAGUUAUGCUGCCUUUGGAGAAGGUAGUGGAAGCAUCAUUCUUGACAAUGUUGAAUGUGACGGAACUGAAACAGAUCUCUUUGCUUGUCCUAGUAACGGUCCAAACAAUCACAACUGUGGUCACGGUGAAGAUGCAGGAGUUCAAUGCACCAGCGCAACUACAUCUUCACCUACUGAAUCGAUCCGUCUUGUUGAUGGCUCAUCAUAUUUUGAAGGCCGAGUAGAAGUCUAUUACAAUGGAGAGUGGGGAACUGUAUGUGAUGAUUCCUGGGAUAACACUGAUGCUACGGUGGUGUGUCGGAUCCUUGGUCUUGGUGAUGUUGGUAUGGUUGCCUACUUUGGAGAAGGUAGUGGAAGCAUCAUUCUUGACGAUGUUCAGUGUGAAGGAACUGAAACAAAUCUCUUUGAUUGUCCUAAUAAUGGACCAAAUAUUCACAACUGCGGUCAUUAUGAGGAUGUAGGAGUUUCAUGCAGCAAUACACCUUCUGGAUCAAUCCGUCUUGUGGGUGGCUCAUCUGAUACUGAAGGUCGUGUGGAAGUCAGAUACAAUGAAGAGUGGGGAACUGUAUGUGAUGAUUACUGGGAUGACACUGAUGCUACAGUUGUUUGCCAGUUCCUUGGUCUGGGUGAUAAUGGUACCGCUUAUUCUAGUGCCUAUUUUGGAGAAGGUAGUGGAAGCAUCAUACUUGAUGAUGUUCAAUGUGACGGAACAGAGUCUAAUAUAUUUGAUUGUCCUAACAAUGGAGAAUUCAAUCACAACUGUGGUCACUACGAGGAUGCAGGAGUGUCAUGCAGCAACACACCUUCUGGAUCGAUCCGUCUUGUCGGUGGAGCAUCAGAUACUGAAGGACGAGUGGAAGUCUAUUACAAUGGAGAGUGGGGAACUGUAUGUGAUGAUUUCUGGGAUGACACUGAUGCUACAGUGGUGUGUCAGAUCCUUGGUCUUGGUGAUUCAGGAACUGCACAAAGUAAUGCUGCCUUUGGAGAAGGUAGUGGAAGCAUCAUUCUGGACAACGUUCAAUGUGAUGGAACUGAGACAGAUCUCUUUGCCUGUCCUAGUAACGGUCCAAACAAUCACAACUGUGGUCACUAUGAGGAUGCAGGAGUUUCAUGCAGCAACACACCUUUUGGAUCUAUCCGUCUUGUGGAUGGCUCAUCAGAGACCGAAGGCCGAGUGGAAGUCCAAUACAACGGUGAAUGGGGAACUGUAUGUGAUGAUUACUGGGAUGACACUGAUGCUACAGUUGUUUGUCAGUUCCUUGGUCUGGGUAAUGUCGGUACUGUUGCCUACUUUGGAGAAGGAAGUGGCAGCAUCAUUCUUGAUGAUGUUGAGUGUGACGGAACUGAAAUAAAUCUCUUUGAUUGUCCUCAUAAUGGAGUAUUCAAUCACAACUGUGGUCAUUAUGAGGAUGCAGGAGUGUCAUGCAGCAACACACCUUCUGGAUCGGUCCGUCUUGUCGGUGGAACAUCAGAUACCGAAGGUCGAGUGGAAGUCUAUUACGGUGGAGAGUGGGGAACUGUAUGUGAUGAUUUGUGGGAUGAUACUGAUGCUACAGUAGUUUGUCAAAUCCUCGGCCUGGGUGAUUCCGGGGUUGCUCGUAGUUAUGCUGCCUUUGGAGAAGGUAGUGGAAGCAUCAUUCUUGACAACGUUGAGUGUGAAGGAACUGAAACAGAUCUAUUUGCUUGUCCUAAUAAUGGACCAAACGUUCACAACUGUGUGCAUGCUGAAGAUGCAGGAGUUUCAUGCAGCAACGCACCUUCUGGAUCGGUCCGUCUUGUGGGCGGUUCGUUGAAUACCGAAGGCCGCGUGGAAGUCCAAUACAACGGUGAAUGGGGAACUGUAUGUGAUGAUUACUGGGAUGACACUGAUGCAACAGUGGUGUGUCAGAUCCUUGGUCUGGGUGAUUCAGGGACUGCUUAUUCUAAUGCCCACUUUGGAGAAGGCAGUGGAAGCAUCAUUCUUGACGAUGUUGAGUGCGACGGAACUGAAACAAACAUCUUGGAUUGUCCUAAUAAUGGAGCAUUCGAUCACAAUUGUGUACAUGGUGAAGAUGCGGGAGUUUCAUGCAGCCCUGUAGCACCUGGUCUGUUGCUCUCCCAGGACUCAAUCCGUCUAGUUGGAGGAUCAUCAUUCAAUGAAGGCCGGGUAGAGGUCCGUUACCAAGGAGAGUGGGGAACAGUUUGUGAUGAUCUCUGGGACGAGCACGCUGCCCGGGUGGUCUGUCAAGCUCUUGGACUUGGAGAUGUGGCGAUUCCUUUUGGAAAUGCUAUGUUCGGGGAAGGGACCGGGAAGAUUAUCCUGGACAACGUCCAGUGUCGAGGGACUGAAGCCGAUCUCUUUGAGUGUCCCGGUAAUCAUCCACUCGUCCACGACUGUAACCACUUCGAGGAUGCUGGAGUCCACUGCUACAUUUCUGAUGACUGAUCUGACUUUUCCUGAUCGUAAGGCAGGAUGUCCAUUUCAAUUCGGUACUGACUUUGGAUUUGUUUCUUCUCAUUGGUAUAUCAUGAGUCAUCUCUCCUUUUUGCAUUUUUUUAGCAUGUAUUACUACAAGUGUAUUUAUUUAGGGUUUAAUUCAUACUUUCAAUUAAGUCAUUAGUAGAAACGAGACACACAUCGUUUGUAAUUUCCAUAGUCUUUGUUCAAGGACAACCUGAUUUCAGUGGACAAUAAUUGGUUUAACUGUUGAAUUUUGUAGUUGAAGAAGUUACCUUUUGACUAUCAAACUUUCUUAUCCCCAUAGUCUUCGUCCAGGGCCCAGUUGAAUAAAAGUUUGCUAUUAUGGUAACCACCAUGGUAACGCUGAUCAACAGCCAAUCAAAAUCAAGGAUUCCAUGCAAGUUACUAUUGCAUGAAAAGGUUACCAUAAUUGUCACUAUUGUAACUUUUGUGCAACGGGCCCAGGGACUACUUGGUUCCAGUAGACAGUGAGUUAACCUGUUGACUACGAAUUUCUGUAAUUCCCCUAACCCUUGUCAAGGGACUACUUGGUUCCAGGAAACAGUGAGUUAACCUGUUGAGUAUUAAAUUCUGUAAUUUACAGUCUUUGCCCACAGACCAGCUGGGUCCAUUAUGCCAUGGGUUAAUCGGGGGGGGGGGGCGUUUCAUCAAUAUUUUCGUCCGACAAGUUGUCAGAUCUGACAGCUUUCCUGGAUUCUGAU